AUGACUUAGGUCUCUUGCUCCUUCAAUUCGCGUUCAUUUCUAAUCUUUUUUGUUCUCAAUUUUCAGUCUUUACAUCUUGCUUCUUUGAUCACGACUUCACAGCCUAUCUGCCUUGAACAUAGAACAUUCAACUAAAGAUGUCUUCGGAUGAAAGCUUAAAGGAGCCAUGGGAUAAGUACGGUAUCAGAGGAUUGAUUAUUCUAAGCCUCAUGCUGCAGUCCUUCCUAAUUCUGUAUGCACCGUUAAGGAGGCAAACAGGCGGGAAACGGGUAUUGUUCGUUACAAUUCCACUCUGGAUUGCAUACUUGCUUGCAGAUUGGGUCGCUGUAUUUACUAUUGGAUUCAUCAUGCGUGCUGAACGUAGUGGCUUGUGGGCCCUUUGGUCAUCCUUUCUUUUGUUACAUCUUGGUGGGCCCGACACCAUGACUUCCUUCUCUAUAGAGGAUAACAAACUCUGGAUGAGGCACUUGUUGGGGUUAUUGUCACGAGUCGGUUCAUCUGUCUAUAUUGUCUUUGUGUCACUCUCAAAUGAUGACAUUCUUUGGCUGCCAAGCCUCCUAGUCUUAAUUGCAGGGAUAAUCAAAUAUGCAGAGCGCAACCGUGCUUUAUAUCUUGCAAGCCUUGAUCAUUUUGGGGAUAAUUCGAAAAAAGCCAACCAGCACAUGCCUCCGGUUCCAGAACAAUUUUCCAAGUUGGUUAGCUCUUGGAUGCCGCAAUGUCCUCCUUUGAGUUCAAUUGAAAAAUCGCUUCUUCCUGAUGGAAUGAAUGAGAUGCUCCGAGCCAUAGAGAUCCAAUUAAGCCUCUUGUAUGAGUUUCUUCAUACCAAGUUGCCCGUGGUUGAUUCCAAGACUGGUUAUGUUUGCCGCAUCAUUAACCUUGUUUGCAUUUUGGGAGCCUUGGUGUCAUUCCCAAUGUUACUCAACAAGUACUACCAUAGGAGGUUUGGGAAGUUUGACAUUUGGUUGACAUAUGGGUUGCUGAUCGGGGCUUUGGCAUUGGAGUUGAUAUCCAUCAUGUUACUCAUUACUUCAGAUUGGAUGACUAUGGCUCACUUUCAGAAAAUAUGGAAUUCUGACAAAUUCAUCAACAAGCCUAGGUGGUUUAACUUGGUUCCUCAGUUAAACAUUUUCAGCACUUGUGAUCUCUUGACCAAGGAGGGAGGUCUUGCAAACCAAGACUCGUUUGGUUUUCUUGGCUUGAGGAGUUUGUUGAGAAAAAUAAGAAGAAACCAAUGGGUGAAGUAUAGAAGGUUUGUAAAAGACCAAGAGUGGCUGUUCAUUUUUUCAACACUACAGGAAAAGAAAGAUAAGAAGCAGGGGCGCCUGAUAUUUAAUGACUUGAAGCAGCUGGUCAAGAAUUAUAUUCAUACAGUAACAAAGAAUUUUUUUGUUAUUUAUCAAGUUGUUGCUUUUAGCCUCGAGAAAUUUGACUACAUGGAUAGCCUUCUAAUAUGGCACAUAGUUACCGAAUGCUGCUACCGAAGAAAAGAUUCAGGUCCCAAAUCCAGCUCUGCCCCUGCAUUUGCAUGCAAACAUAUUAACCACCGAAAAAUAAGCAAGCUGCUUUCAGAUUAUAUGUUUUACCUUUUGGUGAUGAAGCCUACUUUGAUAGGGGUCUCGCCUAACUGCUGGAAGAUAGUAUUUAACGGCGAAGAUAAUAAGGAUCAGAUAAACUCCAGCUGGCUGAUGGAACUACAGUACUCCAGUUUCCAAGGAAAUAUAACCUCAGGCAAAUAUAGCUUUUCUGAUCGUAAUGAAUCCAAGGAAAAGAGAAUUUCCAGGGUAAAGAGGACUGCAUGUGAGCUUGUCAAGGUUCUGGAAUCGGAAGGUAAACGGUGGGAGAUAAUAGCCAAAAUUUGGGUAUGCAUACUAUGCUAUGCUGCUAUUAAUUGCCAACCAAUUGUGCAUGCAAGACAAGUAAGCGGAGGUGGACAACUUCUCACUUUGGUUUGGUUGUUGAUGAAUUAUAUGGAAUUAACCCCUUCCAAUUGGUGUACAACGGGACCUUAAGAUUAAAUCCUUCCAAGGAUUGGGACUGACGUCUUUGUGUGUGUGUUUGUUUUUCUUCUUUGUUGAUCUGUUUGUCAAUUAUUAUUUCCCCAUUUGGUGCUUUGGUUUGGAAUCUCUUGUUUGGUGCAUUGUACUAUAUUUUAUGUUCGUGUUGCUGUGUGGAAACCUGUAUUUAAAUUCGUGACAAUAAUAUAUUUUAUUACGU